CACAGACACGCACACACACAUACACACACACACACACACACACGGGCGCACGCACGCACGCACGCGCGCUCACGCACACACACGCACGCAGCAGCAGCAGCAGCAGCAGCAGUGCUCCGCGCUGUCCCGGUGGAGUGGAGCUUCACUGAGCAGCGACACCGCGGCGCUUUUCCCCCGCAGCUACACCGCGAUCCUGCGGGGCGAAGAGAGAGAGAGAGAGAGAGAGAGAGAGAGAGAGAGAGUUUCAUCACCGCGCAGACCUUCAUCACCGUCAUCUCUUUAUCAUCAGCAUCCUCUUCAGCCUCCUUCUCUUCAUCAUCAUCAGCAGCAACAAGAGCAACAGCAGAAGCGCCUUCUUCUCCUUCUUCUCCUUCUUCUUCUCCUCCUUCUCCUGGUGCCUCGAUGUAAAAAAAACUGCAGCUGAGAUUUUUUGGAGCUUUUUUUCCAUCACUGCAGAAGAGAACUGGUUUCAGCUGCGUGCUUGAAGACUCGUUCUACAGGAAGGAUGUGGGCUCGACUGGGAGCGGCGUGGAUCUGGGCCUGGUUACUGGCGGUCAACGUUCUGGGCAAAAGCUCGAAUCAGAACGGAUCAGACGAGCAGAAGGACAACACCACCGUCUUCACCCGCAUCCUGGACAGUCUGCUGGACGGCUACGAUAACCGCCUCAGGCCGGGACUCGGAGAGCGCGUGACCGAGGUGAAGACCGACAUCUUCGUGACGAGCAUCGGCCCCGUCUCCGAUCACGACAUGGAAUACACCAUAGACGUGUUCUUCAGACAGAGCUGGAAGGACGAGCGUUUGAAGUUUAAAGGUCCGAUGGCCGUGCUGCGCCUCAACAACCUGAUGGCCAGUAAGAUCUGGACCCCCGAUACGUUCUUCCACAACGGCAAGAAAUCCGUAGCACACAACAUGACCAUGCCCAAUAAACUGCUGCGCAUCACAGAGGAGGGAACGCUGCUCUACACCAUGAGGUUGACGGUGAGAGCUGAGUGCCCGAUGCACUUGGAGGAUUUCCCCAUGGAUGCUCACGCCUGUCCGCUUAAAUUCGGCAGCUAUGCCUACACGCGGGCCGAGGUGGUGUACGUGUGGACGAGAGGAGCGGCUCAGUCAGUGGUGGUGGCUGAAGACGGAUCGCGACUGAAUCAGUACGACCUGAUGGGACAGACGGUGGACUCGGGCGUCGUCCAGUCCAGCACCGGCGAGUACGUUGUCAUGACGACGCACUUCCACCUGAAAAGGAAGAUCGGCUACUUUGUCAUUCAGACGUAUCUGCCGUGCAUCAUGACCGUCAUCCUGUCACAGGUCUCCUUCUGGCUCAACAGAGAAUCCGUUCCUGCCAGAACUGUGUUUGGAGUGACCACUGUCCUGACCAUGACCACUCUGAGUAUCAGCGCUAGAAACUCUCUGCCCAAAGUGGCCUACGCCACCGCUAUGGACUGGUUCAUCGCCGUCUGCUACGCCUUUGUGUUCUCCGCCCUCAUCGAAUUCGCCACCGUCAACUAUUUCACAAAGAGGGGCUAUGCGUGGGACGGGAAGAGCGUCGUACCUGAAAAGCAAAAGAAGAAAAAGGAGUCUCUCCUGAAGAAGAACAACACCUACACAGCUGCCACGGCAACCGCUUUCGCCCCCAACAUCGCCAGAGAUCCAGGAUUAGCGACCAUCGCCAAAAGCGCACCUCCUCCACCAACCGAGCCGAAAGAAGAGCCGAAACCCAAACCGGCUGAGGCGAAGAAAACGUUCAACAGUGUGAGCAAAAUCGACCGGAUCGCCAGAAUAGCGUUUCCUCUGCUCUUUGGUACCUUUAACCUGGUCUACUGGGCGACUUAUCUAAAUAAAAAACCCAAAAUUCAAGAUGCGCUAACACCUCACUAAUCCUAAACCUUUCGUUUUCCUUCUUUCUUUCUCCUCUCUUUUCUUUAAACAUCUCUUUCAAAGUAGAACAAAGUAGUGGUCGAGUCGCUAGUCUCUACUUCGUCUCCUGUGUAAUAUAAGCUUCCUUGAUUAAAAAAAAAAGACAGAGAAGACAGAAAUCUACAAAAUGUGCUAAAUGCGUUGCCAUGACGAUUCCACCCUGAUGCUAAUAUUACGCAUCACUACCUGUGUAUAUACUGUAUAUAAGCAGUAUAUAACUCUACAAUCACACAUGCAGGACCUUUAUUAAUUUCUCAUCACGCCAUCAUGCAUGAGCUGCACAUUUUCCGUUUCCGUGACGACGGUCGACGCAACCUUCGAGUGUUCUUCCAUUCUCCGUAGUCGAUGUUUUCUAUUUGAAAUAGAUUUUUCGACAUUGCAAGAGCAAUAAAAUAAAACACAUCUCAGUGGACACACGUUCGCUUUAUUCAUGACUAUAAACACGGAAUCAGUUCUUACGUUAUUGACACGAAGCUUAAAAUUUAAUUUGAUUUUACUGUAAAUAUUCGAUAAAACGUUAGAGAUGUCAGUCAUCCGUUUGAGCUUUGCUUAACGUAGGAGAUACAACCACUUCGCAGCAGAGAAGAAGAAGAAAGCUGUUGUGUUUUAUGAAACGGCACUUUGAGGGUGUUCAUAUAUAUAUAUGAUAUAUAUAUAUAUAUAUAUAUCUUUUUUUAAAAAUUAUUUAUGCCCAUUACAUACCAACUAAUUAAGUUUUACCUUUGAGGAAAAUGUAAUAUGUACAGCAGUCGCAAAAUUGCUAAAUCUAGAAUGUAAAGCUAUAACCGUACGUCCACACUAGCAAGAGACAAAACUUUAGAUGAAGGUUUUUUCACACAACAUUGCACAACUCUUAAGACAGUGAAGGGGCGUGUCCUAAACUGUAAUGAUCGAGAGAGGAGUUCUUGUCAACAUUUAUGUUAGCAUGUACAGAGGGUGCCGAUAUUUAUGCAAAACGUGAAUACCGUUCCCCUGGCGGAGAAGCCGAUUCACCGAAGGGGAAAGGACGCGGGACGUGAAAGACAGUAGUGUUUACUGUUUUGUUUUGCACCAACGUUAGCUAGGUGAACUUGUGAUUUCCUGAGUCGUGGUCAUGUGAGCCAGUAGAAAUCAAGUGGGCGGGACUGUGGUUGCUUUGGAGGAGCCAAUAAUCAUUAAGCAGCAUCACACUGAACGUUACUGAAAUGAGGUAAACACAUACAGAUUGCCAGCUGCAAUGCCAGAUGUGAUGGGCUUCACGGCUUUGGAUCUAUUUUGUGACAUCAUAAAUUCAUGCAAAGCCCCGCCCUCGAAUCCAGUUAAUAUGUAAAUAUUGAGAAAGUCGGUUUUAAACAGGAAAAAAACUGAACAAUGAAGAAGAGUGAAAUAUUAACAGUCACAUUUCUGAUGUUAGGGAACAGGCCACGCCCACAGGUAACAAAAACAGCAGCUGUGACAUGUCUUUAUGAUACAAAUAAACAUUAUUAAGUGGAAAAUUUUGUCUUUUUGAAGAAGAAUACUAACAAUAAAACAAUCGUGACACGCCCCAAGUCAAAAGCAUUUGAUUCAAAACGACUUUCCAAGAGAUGUGAAAUAUUUACAAGCCAAAUUUUUUGAGUUCUGGGAGAAAAAAAUAUAUAGACCUGAAUAGGCCACGCCCACAAGGGACAAAAUUAGCAGUUGUGACAUUGUCACGAGCAAAAAAAAUCCUUCGAAGAGGAGUUAAAUAUCUAAGUUAGAUUUUUAAGUUAAAAAACUGAAUAGGCCACGCCCACAAGAAACAACCCUUGUCUCUUGCUAGUGUGAACACAACGUCAGGUUGUUUAGCGAAACGUUUUCGCGUGUAAUUGAUGUCGAGUAAAAUCGAUCUGCUUGAUGGGAUUUUUGCAGAAAUACAUCUAAUAUUUAAUGCGGAAUUAAUUCUUCUUUCAUUUCAGUGAUUCGUCGUAGAGCUGCAUGCUGAAAGCCCUCGUAUCGUAGAUCAUUCCGGAAAUCUCUUACUUUGCUGCUCGUUGCUCGUCGAAUGAAUGUGAAUGAACGGAACGCAAAGCGGUGUCUUUUCUUUGCUCCUGGAUUGACAAGGCACUCGCUAGGUGGCGCUCUAAUCUCAGUGUGUUGUGUAUUCGGUUGAAAACUUUUGAAAACUCAGAAAGCACCAGCUACACUGCCUUCUGCCUCGCACGCUGUUCCAGAACCGGCGUACUUCUGUUCCGCGUCGCUAGCUCCAGAACGCCAACCGCAUCGUGAUGUAUCAUAGUCGCCGAUCUGUUCGUUUAUUUAUUUAUUUUUAUUUUGGGAUUUUUUUCUUGUAGCAUGAUGUCAGAUAAUAAGCUCUCUUUGGUUUGGUGUUGUGCGAUUUCGAAAAAAAUCACGCUGAUGUAGCAAUAUGAGAAUAGUUAAAGGGCUUUUUCACGAUCGAACACUCGUCAUUCUGGACAUUUGCACGUUUCUCAAAUGGACAGGAACUUCACCUUCACUAUACACGGCGAUAUCGCGUCUAAUAAAUCCACCAUUUCUGGUUUCUGUUUGCGACAUUACAACACUUCGGAUGCACUCCUUCUUUCCUGAAAUCUUUUCAUUUUCCGUGCAUCGAAUCGGAGCGGGUCACGUGACUGGAGUUGAAAUGCACUCUGGGAUUUGUAGGAUAUGCAAGCAGACAGGAACUUCAUCAAUCAAACGCUGUAUAAAUAUGAAUAUAUACAUUAUACAGUAUAUAAACAUUUCCAUUAUGGAUGUUUAUCGAUAAUCAUACCUAAAUGACAUAGGUGUGUGGCCUGUACGGGAAAAGAAAUAAAUAAAUAUAAAUAUAUAUAUAUAUAUAUUAUACAGUAUAUUAUUCUAUACUAUAACUCACUGCAUAUAUAAAUACUCCAUGACUUGUUCUACAGAGAAUAAAUAUUGUUUGUACUGACUUAUUGUUAUGCAUUUUGCACAUUAGAGGCAUCAUUUACAUAUUUACAUAUUCACGUAGUGAGCUUUGUGCUAUGCAAGGAUAGCUUUGAAACAUGCUAAUUAGCUUUUUUUCCUCUUAAUAGAGCAAAAAUAUUGUACAGGAAAUAAAGAACUCUAUUACGCUCCUCCUUCAGCUGUGGAUAUUUUACUUUGCUGGUCAAUUAAAAAUAUAUAAAUAUAAAUACUACAUUACGUUUAGUACUUUGUUCUGUAAAGUUUCAGGGUUAGCUUAAAUGUGGACUGCACAUAUUUUUAUUUAUUUAUUUUAUUCUUUUUGGGACAUGGCAAUAAAAUCAAAAUCAAGGCUCAAAAUAAUAAGAAUGAGAAGUGUGAAAUUUUGAUUUAAAAACAGAAUAUUAAUGGAUGAUAAACACUUUUGUCUGUUAUUCCGCUACUCUUUAUAACGUGUCCUUGUUGACUUCCCCUGACUACUUUAAAGUAAUUUAUAAUAAAUUAACUGUCAAUCAUUUUCCAUCUUUUAACUGGAAAAAGUUUUUCAUCAACACACGAGUUGGAAUUUUGGAGUUUUUCUGACAAACCUGAUUUUCAAACCCACUCAAACCCGGAAGUGUAGCAGAUUUCAAAAUGGCCGCCGUUUGAGCUAAUAAAAUCAUAAGCGUAUCUGUAUUUUAUCUUUUAGUGUUUGAAGGAUUGUAGCUGAUGAAUUGGUCCGUGUUAAAGGCUAGACAGAGACGUGCUAAUGUUAGCAUAAACACAGCUAUAUGCUAAUGCUAGGUUAGAUUAGAUAACAAACCAGACUGCAUUUUUUUACAUCACAAAUCAAUUCACUUUGCAUGAAAGCUUUCAGGUAAAAAUUACAGAACAAUACAGCUAAUGAAUUUUUUAAUCCAUCUAACGUACGUAGCUACGGUGCCAUAACGGCUCGCUAACGAGCUCGUUAAUUAGUGAAAUAGGCAGCAUGAUAAUUAAGUACCAUAGCAACAUUUCCAUCAGCUGUUGUAAAAAUAAUAAUAAUAAGAAUAAUAAUAAAAACUUUAAAUUAAAAAUUAAAUUUAAAAAUUAAAAAUUAAAAAGUUGUUUACCAGGAAAUAAAAAGAAUCAACAUAAGAAAGUAGAAAAUAGGGGAAAUAAAAAAAAGUUAUGUAAAAUUUAAAAAUAAAUACUUCUAUAAAUAAUAAAAACAGAAAUCAUUAAAAUAAUUACAUAAUUAAGAUAAAAUAAUAACAAUAAUGAUAUGGGUAAAACAGGGAAUUGUAAUUUAAGAGAUAAAAACAUUAAUUUUUUUUAAAUGUGUAAAUUUUAAGUAUUCUCUACAAAUUAAAUUCAACAAUAAAUAUUCAUAACAAAUAAAAAAAUUAGAGAGAAGCUAAAGUUAAAAAUGUAAAGGUGGAGCGAUGAAUUUUUUAUCUAGUUUAAUUUAAAAUGCCGAUUUGAAAAGAUUGCAGCGAUGCAUUAUGGGUAAUGUGAGACAAUCAACAGGAAAUGGAAACAGGAAGUCAACAAAGGUGCAGUAAAGAAACAGGAUUAGAAAACGACCGCGGAUUAAAACUAGUUAAUCUGUUUAUCUUUAAUUCCAAACCUUACAAAUAUUUUAUAUUAAAUAAAUAUAAUAUAAAAUAUAAAUAAAAAAAGGUAACAGGUGUUACAUGUCAGCCCUCGCUAUAAAAUCUACCGAAUUUACUGAAAUAAAAUGAGAAAUACUUUUAGCCGAGCCUAUUUUAACUGUUUGUUUGUUUGUAUGUUUGUUUAUUUGUAUGUUUGUAUGUUUGUUUGUUUGUUGGAUUUUAUUUUUGUCCAUUUAUAAGCACAAGUGUUUCAUUCUCUGUUAGAAGUGAGUGUUUAAGUCGUGUGUAGCUAAACAAUUAUCUUAAACAGGGUAGAACCAUUUCAACAUGCUAAUGAGCGCACACACACACACACACACACACACACACACACACACACACACACACACACACACAUGAACACAGCUUUAACCUGCUCUGAUCCCUGGAUGUGUGUGUGUGUGUGUGUGUGUGUGUGAGGAGG